GUGGGGAGUGCCUGCUGCAGUUCUCCGUGUCCGGUCGGUAGGAUGGCGCCGUGCCGAUACGGUCAUAGCAUCGAGAGUAGACGGGCGCCAAGUCCUUCCAAGGUUCCCCGAAGUUUAUCCCCAGUGGCGGGCGAUGGGGGAGGCCGGGCUUUCAGUUUCGUCUGCGUUCCCCACUCCUUCGCAUUACAGAGUCGUACGCUUCCGUCCUUCUAGGCCUCCCUCCCUGUUCCUGAGUGCCUGCUAGAGCGUCGCCUCACCGUUUCCUGUCAUCUGGGGGCCCGGGGCGGGGAAGCCGGGGGAGAAAGGGGCGUAGCGAGACCGGGGAGGGAACUCGCGAUCUUGGGUGGUUAGCAGCACCGGAAGUGUUAGGGGAAGCCGGAAGUGAGGGGGCGGAGCCAGGAAGUGAGGAGGGGCGGGGGUUUAUGAGGAGGCCAAGGGAGCGUUGGGGCAGAUUUGCACUCAGGGCCACCUGAGGGACUUGGCGGUAUCGCUCAGCUCUGUCCCCUCCCCUUUCAGGGACUCGGUUGUGGUCUGGGAGUAGGGAACUCUAUGUGCAGGGGUGUGUUGUCGGGAGGACAUUUCUUUGGCUGCGCUGGAGGCGAGGUGUGGAGAGGCAGGGCUGGGGGUGGGGCUGGGUCGUCAGGGAGUCUGAGAGGGAAGACCCCCCCCCCGCCCCCUGCCCCCCACCACCCAUCACCCGUCUAUACUGACUGACUGGACACUUAAGAUGGCUGCCGUUGCCAUGGCACCCAACCCUGUGCAGACCCUUCAGGAGGAGGCGGUGUGCGCCAUCUGCCUCGAUUACUUCACGGACCCCGUGUCCAUCGGCUGCGGGCACAACUUCUGCCGAGUGUGUGUAACCCAGUUGUGGGGAGGGGAGGAUGAAGAGGACAGAGAAGAGUUAGACCGGGAGGAAGAGGAGGAGGACGCAGAGGAGGAAGAAGUGGAGGCUGUGGGGGCCGGUGGGGGUUGGGACACCCCCAUGCGCGAUGAAGACUAUGAGGGCGACAUGGAGGAGGAGGUCGAGGAGGAAGAAGAGGGUGUGUUCUGGACCAGUGGCAUGGGCGGAUCCAACUGGGACAACAUGGACUACGUGUGGGAGGAGGAGGAGGAGGAGGAAGACCUGGACUACUACUUGGGGGACAUGGAGGAGGACCUGAGGGGAGAGGAGGAGGAGGACGAGGAGGAAGUGCUGGAGGAGGACGAGGAAGAGGAGCUAGAUCCUGUCACCCCCUUGCCCCCGCCUCCAACUCCGCGGAGGUGCUUCACCUGCCCUCAGUGCCGCAAGAGCUUUCCUAGGCGGAGCUUCCGGCCCAACCUGCAGCUGGCCAAUAUGGUCCAGGUGAUUCGGCAGAUGCACCCAACCGCUGGUCGGGGGAGCCGUGGGAACGAGCAGGGCAUUUGUCCCAAACACCAAGAAGCCCUGAAGCUCUUCUGCGAGGUGGAUGAAGAGGCCAUCUGUGUGGUAUGUCGAGAAUCCAGGAACCACAAACAGCACAGCGUGGUGCCAUUGGAGGAGGUGGUGCAGGAGUACAAGGCCAAACUGCAGGGGCAUGUGGAACCGCUGAGGAAGCACCUGGAGGCUGUGCAGAAGAUGAAGGCCAAGGAGGAGAGGCGGGUGACAGAGUUGAAGAGCCAGAUGAAGUCAGAGCUGGCAGCUGUGGCCUCAGAAUUUGGGCGGCUGACACGGUUUCUGGCCGAAGAGCAGGCAGGGCUAGAGCGGCGCCUCCGAGAGAUGCACGAAGCUCAGCUGGGGCGUGCAGGAGCAGCGGCCAGCCGCCUCUCAGAGCAGGCUGCCCAGCUGAGCCGCCUGCUGGCUGAAGCCCAGGAGCGAAGCCAGCAAGGGGGCCUGCGGCUGCUCCAGGACAUCAAGGAGACUUUCAAUAGGUGUGAAGAGGUACAGCUGCAGCCCCCAGAGGUCUGGUCCCCUGACCCGUGUCAACCCCAUAGCCAUGACUUCCUGACAGACGCCAUCGUGAGGAAAAUGAGCCGGAUGUUCUGUCAGGCCGCCCGAGUGGACCUGACGCUGGACCCUGACACGGCUCACCCGGCUCUGAUGCUGUCUCCCGACCGCCGGGGGGUCCGCCUGGCAGAGAGGCGGCAGGAGGUUGCUGACCAUUCCAAGCGCUUCUCGGCCGACUGCUGCGUGCUGGGGGCCCAGGGCUUCCGCUCUGGCCGGCACUACUGGGAGGUAGAGGUGGGUGGGCGGCGGGGCUGGGCGGUGGGUGCUGCCCGUGAAUCAACCCAUCACAAGGAGAAGGUGGGCUCUGGGGGGUCCUCUGUGGGCAGUGGGGAUGCCAGCUCCUCUCGCCAUCACCACCGCCGCCGCCGCCUCCACCUGCCCCAGCAGCCCCUGCUCCAGCGGGAAGUGUGGUGUGUGGGCACCAAUGGCAAACGCUACCAGGCACAAAGCUCAACGGAGCAGACACUGCUGAGCCCAAGUGAGAAACCGCGGCGGUUUGGCGUGUACCUGGACUAUGAGGCUGGGCGCCUGGGCUUCUACAAUGCAGAGACUCUGGCUCAUGUGCACACCUUUUCGGCUGCCUUCUUGGGCGAGCGUGUCUUCCCUUUCUUCCGGGUGCUCUCCAAGGGCACCCGCAUCAAGCUCUGCCCUUGAUCAGCCUGCCACCCGCAUGGGCCCCUCUGGUUAGCACUAGGGGGGCGGGUGGUGGUGGAAGGUGGCCCAUAAGUUUGGGGGCUAAAAUGCUCCUGUUCCUGCGUUGCUUCAUGCUCCUUUGACCCCAGGCCCCUGCUUCUACUUCUAGGAGUCUAAUACUCUCCUAGCCUCCAGCUCAGCUUUUUCUCACCUACUGGGUCUGUUCAACAGGUCUGCAUGGGUCCCUGAUGACAACAGCUGCCUGGUGUCCCUUCCUGUCUGUCUGCCCAGGGAUCUGAGUUUUUCAGUAGGGGAUGAAGGGAGGUUGUAAUCUCAUUACUAAACUUCCCUUUCCCCAUUCCUGUUCAACUUUCAUGUCAGUUCUGAGGCUGGAGGAUUUGGGCAAGACUCACGACAGCCCUCAUUCCAUUUUCUGAUGCAAAUUUUAGCUAAGGGAUUUGGAAGCUUUUUACGGGGAGGCAGGCUGGGAAAAGGGUAGAGCUGGAUAAUCAACAGUCUACUCUCUGGGGGAAGUAGGAAGGAUUCUAAUUUUCCUUCCAUCCCCAAUUUCUACCUCCAUAGACUGGCCAGAAUUUAGCUUCAGUGAGAUCUGGAAUGGUCGACACGAUGGAAACUACAUACAUCAUCCAAUUAUUUCUUCCCCCCUUCCUUUUUCAGCACUAAUCUAGGAGCAAGGCUCCUCCCCCACCCCAAUCCCUCAGGUCUUCUCACUGCCAGGCUCCUUCCCUUUUCUGUAAAAUCCCCUUGUCAGUUUCCAGCCUCUCUUCAUGUGCUUCGUCCCCUCCUUUUGGUGAGCCCUGGAGGGGGGCCUUGGGACAGGGAUUUGAAUCCCUAGGAGAGCCUUGGGCAGAAUCUAUUUUUCUAGUAACCCUUUGCCUUCUGUCACUUAUCAGCUUUUGUCCUCUGCUUUGAUGGCUGAGGUCAAUUUUAUGCUCCUGGGAGAAAAGGAAGAUGGGUUGUGUUGUGGAAAUAAAAACUAUUUGCUGCUUUU